AUGCAAGGUAUAAAUAUGCAAGAAUAUUAUCUAGAUAAGAUUCAAAAAAAUAUAAGUCAAAUAAAAAAAUCACAGAACAUUUGUUUAUAUCAAAGCAUACAUGAAGAUGAUUUUAACGUGAAUAAUAAUUAUAUCUUAAAUCGUUUUAAAGAAUAUAAUAAUGUAUCAAAUACAAAAAAUACUUAUGUUCUAGAUGAAAACAAUAGCAAACCAAUAUCUCAUGAAAGAAAUUUAAGUAUGGAAAGGAUAUUAAAUGGACAAUAUAUAAAUAAUAACAAUUUUAGUGAUGAAGUAAUCAAUAAUUAUAAUGAGUAUUAUAAUCCAUAUAACAAUAAGAUUAAUAAUAAUGAAUAUGCUAAUCCAUUAUAUUUAUCAAAUAAUAGUGUUCCUAACAAAGAUGUCAAUGAAAAUAUGUUAAAACAUGAAAGUUUUAAGUAUUGUAAAAAUAAGUUAAUUAUGGAUAAUAGUGUAAAUAAUUCAAAUAAUACUGUAACAGAAAAAAUUAAUAAUUUCACUGAAAUAGAAGGAAAUCAAUGCUUUAAUAAUUCUCUCCUUAAUAACGCUAAAUUAAUAAACUAUAAAACAAAUAAAUCAAUAAAUAAAAGUUACAUAAAAUCAGAUGAAAUUUAUAAUCGAAAAAACAUAAAUAUUACUAACUCUAUUCCUACCAAUAAAAGUAUUUUUACAAAUUAUCCUGAUAAAAAAGAUGAAAUGAAUAAUAAUAUAACUUUAUUAAGUCACAUUAACAAUGGUAAUAAUAAUCUCUUUCAAAAUAAAAUAACAUGCUAUGAAAAUAAGAACACGAAAAAAAAAAGUGAUAUAUAUGAGUAUUUUACUAAUCAAAAUUACAUUCAUAACAAUUUAGAUAAAAUCAAUAUAAAAAAUAUAGAUAAAAAUUGUAAAGAUUAUGUUAAUUUAAACUAUUCUAAAAGUCAUAUAAGCCAAGAUAUAUUUCAUGAAAUACAUAGUAAAAAUUUUGAAGUAAAUUCUUUAGGAAAUUACAAUAUAAAAAUAAACGAAAAUAAAAAUAGUCUAAACAAUAUACCUUCAUGUGAAGGAAAUGAUAUUGUGAUAAAAAGUGAGAAUGUAUAUGAUACUGAAAAAACUACAAAAAAUAUUAGUAUUCAAGAUAAUAAUAUUGACUUCAGCUUACAAAGAUGUAGUAGUGAAAACACACAAAAAUCAGGAAUAAAUAAUGUAAAUAGUUAUCAUGAAUCAGUAAAUAAUUUAAAAAACGAUUGUAUGGAACCAAGUCAAGUACUACGUUCAAUCCAAAUAAAAGAUCAGAUUGAUGAUUCAAGAGAUGAUUCAUUAAGAAAAAAUAAGUUAUAUCCUAUAUUUUACAAUAAUUAUAAAAAUUGUGAAAUUAAUGUAGAUCAUUUAAUAAGUAAUAAUCUUAAAAAUUCAAAAAAUAUUAAUUCUUUAAAUAAAUUACACUCAUCGAUGAUUUCCUCAUAUUGUCCUCAUUUAUCAAAUUUUGAAAAAGUAAACUCACAUUAUUCUACUAUGUUUUUAAAAGAAGAGGAUAAUAAUAGAUAUAAAAAAGAAAAUUUUAUAACAAGCAUUAACUCACAUGAAGAAAAAAGAUAUAUUACAGAUUUAAAUUUUUCAAAAUGUAAUAUAGAAGAUAUGAUGGAAACUAGUAAUAAUUUUCAAAAAAGUCAUCAAAAUGAAAAAAUAGUAAAAAGUAAUUUAUCAUUCCAAAAAGAAACUCAUGAAUGUAUUACCAGUAAGACAAAUAAAGGAGAAAAUUCAAAUAUAUAUGCUCCUUUUGCAAAAGAUAAAAUAAGAAGUUCUACAUUAGUAAAUAUUAAUAAUAAAAGUGAUGAUUAUAAUAAUGAGAAAAAUGGCAAUAAUGACUUAGUUAUAACUAACAACAUAAACGAUAAAAAAAAGAGUAUAAACAAUUUAGAAAAGAAUAAUUUUCAGAAAGAAAAGGAAAAUGAAAAUAAGGAAUUUUGUAUCUUUAAGAAAUAUGAUACGAGUGUAGGCAACAAUAAUCCAAAUACAAAAAACACUGAGGUAAUUGAUUUGGAUUUUUUGCAAGAUGAAAUAUUGAAAGAAGAAUUAUAUAAAGAAAAAUAUGAAGAAGGAAAACAAGAUGAUAAACCUUUUAAUAAUUUUAAGUAUAUAGAAACAAAUGAACAUAUUUUAGAAAAAAGAGAUGAAAAAGAAAAUAAUAUAAUAGAGAAUAAAGAAGAAAAUACUAUAAAAAAUCAAAAAAUAAUUGAUAGCAAACAAAACAGAAAAGAUAAUGAGAGUAAAUGGAGUAAAUGUGAUAUUGAAAAUAUAAGAAAUGAAGCAAAUAAUAAAACAGAACAAAUUCUUGAAGAAAAAAUAAAAAAUAUAGAAGAAAAAGAUAUUAAUGCACUAAAUAUAGAUAUACAAAUAGAAAAGUUAAAUGAAUUUAAAGAAAAAGAAAAAAGUGAACUAAUUAUAUAUGAUCAAUUAAAAGAAGAAAAUGUAAAAGAACAAGAAAAAUCAAAAAAAGAGUAUACAAAGAAAAAAAUUCUUAAUGAAAUAGAGGAAAAAUCAUUAGAAAGAAGUAAUAAAGUUCAAGAAGUGGAUAUUAGUAAUUAUAAUACAAAUGAAAUGGAAAGUGAUUCUUUAUACAUAAUAAAUGAUAAUAUAAGUAUAGAUGAAAAAAAUGAGCUAGAAAAAGAACUGGAAUUAUAUUUUAAAAAAGAAGGAUUUUUAACCCUAUCUAACUCUAUUAAAAUUUCUGAAAAGGAUGGAAAUGACUUGUGUUAUAUUGAUCAAUCAAAAAAAAAUUUUUUUAAUUUCUUGAAUGUAACGAAAUCAAUGAAUUCAGAAUAUUCUGAAAAGGAAUAUGAAGUUUCUUCCAGUUCUAUAGACAUAUUUGAAGAUGAUAGAUUCUUGAGUAAUUCUCAUGAAAAUACUACAAAUAAAUGUAAAAAGAAUACUUUCUGUACACAUGAAUACAUUGAUGAAACUAAAAAAAAGAAAAAUAGAGAAAAAAAAAUAAGUGAUAUAGAAAAUAAAUUGAAUGUUUUAGAUACUUCAAAUAUGAAAAAUACUAUAAAUAUGAACUGCAAAACCGUAAGAGAUGAAUAUAAGGAUGAAAAUAAUAAUAUAACAAAAAAAAAUAAAAGUAUAGAUUUUUUUUUUUCUAAAAAUAAAAAUUUUUUAUUCAUUGAUUUACUAAAAAAUAAAUUCAUUAAAAAAGAUAAUUAUUUAGAAGAUAAACUGGAAGAAAAAUAUAAUAUUUUAAUGCAUCCUGAUAAUGAAAAGGAAAAAAAUUUGAUUGAUAAAAUUAUUUAUUGCCUAGAUCCAUCCUAUAUAAAUAAUACGUUAGAUGAAAAAAUAAAAUGGAAACAAAAAUUAAAAUAUAUGCAAGAAAAAUUUCUUGAAUCUAUUCUUUGUGUAUCCUACCCAAAUCACUUAUGGAAUGAAACAAACUUUGAAGCAUAUCUUCAAUCUUUAAAUUUUAAUUCUUUGUUAGAUGAUACAUUCAUAAAAUAUGAGGGAGAUUUAAAUAUUAAUUUAUUUCAGAAAGAAGAAGAAAUUUUUUCUGAUGCAGGAAAUAUUGGAGAAGGAGGGUUUGGAAUUGUUACAAAAAUGAGAUUUUUAACAGGUACCAAAUAUUAUGCAAUAAAAAAAAUAUCAAAAGAUCAUAUAAUAAAAUCUCAAGCAGCAGGACAAGCUUAUUUGGAGGCUAAAUAUCACUCAGUAUUAAGUCAUGUAAAUAUAAUAAAAAUGUAUGGAUGUAUGCAAGACGAUCAAUAUAUUUAUCAUAUAUUGGAAUUUUGUUCAAAGGGUAGUAUUUAUUCUAUAUCUAAAAAUUUUAAAAAAAGAAUAAUUCCUGAUGAAUUAGCAUACAAAUAUUUUUGUCAUGUUGUUAAUGGAUUAUACUACUUGAAUCAAAUGGGUAUAUUUCAUCGAGAUAUAAAAAUGGAAAAUGUUUUAGUAGACCAUAAAGACAAUGCAAAAUUAUCUGAUUUCGGUUUGUCUGCUAUGAUAUUAGGUACAAAAAGCCAUUCAUCUCUAUGUGGAACCCUUGUUUAUUUCUCUCCGGAAAUCACAAGUGGGAAUGGAUAUGAUUGGAGAUCUGAUAUAUGGUCUCUUGGAGUUUUAUUAUAUGAAAUGUUAGUGGGAGAUGUUCCUUUUGAUGGUACAAAAACACAAAUUGUGGAAUCUAUUUUUUCUUGCGAUUUAAAGUUCCCAGAUUUUGUUAAUCCUCUAGCUAUAAAUUUAAUAAAAAAAGCUUUAGUAGUGGACGUAAAUAAAAGAAUAAAAUUAUGCGAGUUAUCGUCUGAUCCUUGGAUGCAAGAAAUGUGGAAAAUGGCUUUUCAAAAAGAUUUAAAAAAAAAUAGAGAUAUAAGAACUAGCAUAAAUGAAAAAAGUAUAGAUUUUAAUUAUAUAAGUACCUUGAUACAAGAAGAAUGUUUUAUAAAAAGCAGUCUUAAUGCCUCUUUAAAUUAUAACAUGAAUAAAAAUCUAAAUGAAACAGAAAUAAAUUCUAUUGGUAUUGCAAAUGAGAAUAUUGAUUCUAUAAUUUUAGAAACUCAAAAAAAAUUAGCAGAUUAUUUAGAUCUAGAAGAUUUUUUUAUGAAUGAGGAAAAUAUUCAUAGCUCUGAUUCGAUUAGUGAGUGUCAUUCAGAUAGUUUCAUCUAUCAUUUGAGUGACCCUCCAACAGACGUAAAAAAUGAGAUGUUAGUAGAUAAAUCAUUUAUGAAAAAUAAAAUGAAUCAUGAAAAAAAGGAUAAUGAAAAUAUUUCAAAAGAUAAUUAUAAUAAUCAAGAAUCCUUAUCUCAAGAUUUAGAUGAGAUAAAAAAAGAUACUUUAAGAAUGAAUGAAAAUAAUGACUCAGUAAAUAAUGAAAAUACUAUGAUUGAAGAUAUAUAUUUAAUAAAUAGUGAAAAUAAAGAUUUUAUAAAUAAUGAAAAUAUGAUUAACGAAAAAUCAGAAUAUAACGAAGUCUAUUCUGAUGAUUUAAGAGAAGAUACACCUUCUGAAGAAAAAGAAAUUAACAUACAAAAUGAAAAAUUUCAUUUUCCUAUUAAAAAUAUUAGUGAAUCACUACAAAUAAAUAAUGAAAAUGUUAUUUCUAUAAGUAAUAAUAGCAGUAACACGUUUAUCAUCAAUAAUAAUGAUAGUAUGAAAUUAAAGGAAUUAAAUAGCGCGAACGUUGAUUCAAAUAUAAUUGAAGAAAAGACAAAAAGUAGUUCUAUAAAUAAUAAAUUAGAUGUAAAUACCAAUAUAAAUGAGGAUAUAUGUAUUUCCGUUGAAUUAAAUAAUCAAAAAAAAAAAGUGGAACCAACGGAAUAUGAUAUGAAAGAAGCAUUGGAUCUCCAAAAUGUUUCUAAUAUGAGCAGUUUGGGAAAUAUUUCUAAUGGUAAAAUAGGAUCAGUAUUUCUGGAAAAAUUCGAUGAAAAUCCAGUUGAAAACAAAAAUUUAGACUAUUACAAUGAUGAGAUUGAUCCAUUUAAAAAUACUUCAACGUCAUAUUUAUCAUCACUAUCUGAACCUUUAGAUAAUAAGGAAAAAUCGUUAUGUGAAAUUUUAGAAAUGGAAACUAAAAAUAAUAGCAUUACAAUGAAUAAAUCAAAAAAUAUGGAUUCUAAUAUUAAAAUAAUAAAUGAUUGUAUUAAAAAUGCCCCUAUAAUGAGUAAUGAAAAUAAUGAUAUUUAUUCAGAUUGUACAAAUAUGAAAUGUGAAGAAGAGAAUGAUAAUAAUAAAAACAUUAAUGUUUCUUCAACAGAUGUAAAUUGUAAAUCAAGUCUUAAAAAUGAAAAAUUUAGUGAAAUUGAUGAAUCUUAUAUUCCAAUUAAUGUUCUUAAAAAAAAAAUAGGAAAAAUAAUAAAUGAAAGUAAUUUUACGGAAAUAAAUUUAGAAUUAAGAGAUUCAUUUUUACUUGAUAAAUCAGAAAAUAUUGAAAAACUAAGUAAGAAUGGGUGGGAAGAAAAAAGUAAUGAAAAACAGAGUAGUAAUGAAACAUUAAAAAAAAAAACGUUUCCUUUAAAAGUAUCCAAUUAUAUCAAAGAAAUAAAUAAUGAAAGUAAUAAAGUUAAUAAUUUUGAUGAUAACAGACUUAUAUAUGAAAACAUAAAAGAGAAUUGUGAAAAUGAAAAAAAUUUUAAUGAACUAAAAGGUAAAGCUAAAGUAAAGUCUACAUGUAUUUUAGAAAAACUACAAAAUGAAAAGGAAAAAAAUAGUCAUGUAGAAAAUAUAGAUUUCUCGAUUACAAAAAAGGUAAAAGAGAUUUUAGAAAAAAAUGCAAAUGAAAAAUAUCAUAAAAAAGAAUUAUUUAGAGAAGAUAAAAAUUGUAUAAGAAGUACAUUGAAUGAAAGUAAAUCAAUAAUAGAAGAUAAAUAUAAUAUCAAAAAGGAAAUUUCUUCAAAUAUAAAAAAAAAAAAUGAUGUCAUCACAACAAAGGAAAAUAGUUUGUAUGAUAAAUAUAUAGAUAAAAUUAAUGAAUUGUAUCAAAAUAUAAAAAAUAAAAAAUUGAUUAAUGAUAAUGAAAAUAUAAAAAAUGAAACAAGUGAAAAUGAUAAAAUUUUAAAUAGGAAUGAUAAUAUUGAUUUUGGUAGUAAUAAAAAACGGGAUAAAAAAAAUGAACUAAUAUCAAGUAGUUUUAAAGAUAGAUUUGACAAUAUAAGUAACAAAGAUGAUAAUACUAGUAAGUAUGUAAAAUAUAAUGAUAUGAUUAAUAAAGAUAGUGUAAAAUGUACCAAUAAUAAUUACUUUGAAUAUGAUAGGAAUUAUGAUAUAAAUCAUAACGACAAUAAUGAGGAUAUUAAUAAUCAUUAUACUAAUAUAAUAAAUAGAAUUUUAUCUCAUCAGAGUAGCUUUAAAAAUACAAAAUUAAACGAUUUUUGUUAUACUAAAAAAGGAGAUAAUAAAAAUGAGUUGUGUAAGAACAAGGAAAUAUUAUCAAAUAAUGAUAUUCUAAAAACUGAGAAUAAAUUAUUCAAUAAUUUAAAAGAUGAAGAAUUUUUGGAUAAUAAAUUGGUUAAUUUUAAAAAAAAGAUAUUAAAUGAUUAUAAUUCUAAUGCAUACAUAGAAAAAAAAGAAAAAACAUUUUUAGAAUUAAAACAAAAAAUUUUAUAUGAUAAUAAUUUAAAUAUAAAAUCAAGAAUUACACCAGAUUUUUUUGCUCCUAAUGUGAGAAAUUUUCACUCUAGUAAUAGUGAAAAUGGCGAUUUUAUUUGUGAAAAAAAUAAGGAUAAAUAUUUCCAUACGAAUGAAAAUUCAUUAAGCUCAUCUAACUCGGAUUAUUCAAAUGAUAAACAUUUUUAUAAAAAAUAUAAGCACAAUAAAAUUAAUUUAGAUAAUAACAAUAUUUUAAAUCACAAUGAAGAAAAUUACAGAAAUAUAGAAAGUCACAAUAAAUAUAAAAAUAAGUUAGAUUAUGAUAGAUAUCAAAAGAUAAAUAAUUGUAGCAAUAAACAAAUGAAAGAUAAAGAAAAUAACGUAGAUCCGUUUGAUGUAUUAUGUUUUGAUAAUAAAGUAACUUUUAUGGCUUCACAAAGUGAAAAUGAGAGUGGUAAUAUUUCUAAAGUUAUUGAAAUCAAUAAAACAAACAUUCAAAGGAAUAAUCUAGAUUCAAGAAAUAAUAUAUAUCAGGGGAUAUCUAAUUUAGAAUUAAUUUCAAGAAUACACAAAAAUAAAUUAAUUAGUACUUUGGAUGAUAAAAAAAAAAAAAAAAAAGCAAAUAUUUUAGAUGAAAAAGGAAAUAAACAAACUAAUGGGAUAAAUAUGAGCCAAAAAAGUAAUAACAAAAUUUCAUUGAAAAACACAUUUAAUCUAGAGAUAAACACAAAAAACAAUGAAGUAGAAAAAAAUAAAUUAUAUAAAAAUGGAGAAAAUGUAGUGAUAAAAAAUAAACAAAAUGAUAAAAAUGGCAUUGAAGAUGAUUCCAUUGUUAUAACUAAAAGAGAUGCAUCAAUGAAAACUACUUUAUCUAAGAGAAAUAAUGUUUUAGAAAAGGAAUCAAAUAUAAAAAAAAAUAAAAUAAAAAGUUUUUCGGAUUUACUUAAUAAAAAUAAAGAAAAUAUGAAAUGUGAUGAACUCAUAAAUAAUAAUAUAACAAAAGAUAUUUCAAAAAAUAUAGAAAAAGACAAAAUGAAUUUAAUUAAUGAUGAAAUGAUUCUUAAUAUGGAACAGAAAAAUGAAAUAUGUAAUAUUAAAAAUGGAGAUGCAAAGGUAAAAAAUUCGAAAUACAAAUUUAAUGAAAUAUUCUUAGAUAAAAAUUUAGUUUCAAUUGAUAGUGAAUGUAACACAUUACUUCAUAAAGGCAAAACGGUAAGCAUUGACAUGGAAAAAAGUAAAAAGAUAUGUGAUAAUAAAAUAAAAAAAAAUAAAAGUGUUCCAUUAAGAAAUAUGGAAAGCUUAGUAAAAGGAAAAAAUAUACUUCGUGAAAAAUUGAAUAGCAAAAUUGACGAAAGAUAUAAUUAUCCUUUGAAUAAAAAAAAAGAUGAUAAUAAUAAUACAAAAGAAAGUUCUUUUACAGAAAAAAAUUUAAAAGAAAAAAUGCCUAAUAUUAUAAAAAAACAAAAUAAAUUUUGUAAUAAUAAAUAUGAUAAUUCUUUAGUUCAUGAAAACUCUCAUAUUUCAACAGUUAAUACGAAAGAUAAAACAAUUAAAAGAAAUGUUCCUUCAAAAGAUAUAAUUAAAAAUAAUAUUAAUUUUGUACAAAAAAAUAAAAAAAUUAUACUUGAGACAGAUUUGAAGAAUUCAAAAGUAAAACAAUAUUUAAAAAACAAAAUAGAAAAAAUAAAAAAUAAAAAUAAUAUUGUAUUAAAUACUGUAGAAAAUGAAAAAUGUGAAAGUAAAUACAUAGAUGAAGACUUAAAUAAUAAUGAAUCUGAUUCUAUAUAUUGUGAAAAUAAGGAAAUUUAUGAAAAAAUAAAUAUAGAUACUGAUAUAAUUAAAGAAAAAAGAUCUGUAAGUGAAUUUUCAUUUAGCUCAAAUUCUAGAAUGUUUAACAACCAAAAAAAAAAUAGUGAACAAAACGUAAGCACAAUAUCAAAUGAAAUUCAAAAAUGUGAAAAUGACAUGGUUUCAGUAACACAAAAAAAAAAUAAGCAAACAAAAACAUUAUCUAGAAGUAAAAGUGAAUCCAUUAAAUUUUUUAAUUAUUCAUCAACAGAAAGCGAUAUAUCAUUGUCCUUUAAUUCGGUAGAGAAAAAUGAAAAUUGUAAACUAAAUAAAUUUCAAAUAAGUGAACAGAAAGAAAAAAAGAAGGAGAAAAAUGAAUUAGAAGAAUUUAAAAAUAAAAAGGAAGACAUUAAAGAAGAGGAAGUGAAGAUAAGAAAUAAAAAUAUAAGAAAAAAUAUUUGUGAUACUAAAAUUAAAAAUAGCAAAAGUAAUAUAAUUCAUACAUAUAAUUCUUUACAUAGAAAAAUAAAUUUUUCUAAUAUUAAAAGCAAGAUUAACACAAAUAUUAGUAAAAAAUCAAAGGAGGGAGAAGAGGAUGUAAUUAAUGACAAGGAGGAGCAUACUAAAUUGAAUAAAAAUAGUGAAAGUAAUAGAAGAGCAAAGAGUGCAAAAGUUUCUUUUAAAUCAAAUAAUGUCUUAAAUAACUUAAAUUUAAAUGAAAGUAAUUCCAUUACAUUGAAAGAAAAAAUGAAAAAAAAGAAUAAUUUAAUUAAUAAUUACGACUCAAAAAAAAAAGAUAUGAUUCUAUGUAAAAGACUGAAUUCUCUACCAGUAACUCGAAGGUCAGAUAAUGAAAAAAAUUAUAAAACCAAAACAUUUAGGAAAAAUUUUUUUGAAAAAAAUGAAUCUAUUAAGAAAAUGAAAACAUCAUUUUUUAAAACUAAUGCUGAAACAAAAUAUGAGGAAGAACUUCAAAAUAAAUUGUUAAGCUUAAAUAAGAAAAAAAUUUAUGAUAGCAUGAAAAAUUAUGAUAAAAAUAAUAUUAAUACCAACCAUAAUGAUUGUGUUACAUACGACAUCAAUAAGAAUAAUGUUAUAUAUGUUUCUAAUAGAAAUCAUAAUUAUAAUAAUAAUAAAACUGACAGAAACAAUUUAAGUGAUAAUUAUAACAAUUGUAAUUAUUAUGAAAAUGAUACAUGUAAUAAGAAAAUUGGCUUUAAUAAUGAUAAAUAUAAUACCAUUUUGUGUAAUAAUAUAAAAUGUGCAAUGAAAAAUUGUCAAAAAGACAAAAUGAAUCUAGAAAUUGUGAAUCUUGAUGAAAAAGAAAAAUUUAAUUAUAACAAAGAAAAGUCCAAUUUUAUCCUAAAUGAAAAUAAUAAAUUAAUUUAUGAAGAUAAUUACUUUAAUGACAAUGAAGGUACAUUAAUUAAAAAUUAUUAUUUAGAUAAUUCUAUUUCUGAUAAUGUGAAUAAAAUUAAUAUUAACAAUAUGAUUAAUUAUAACAAUAAGAUAUGUUAUGUCAAAAAAAAUAAUAGUAAUAUUAAUAAUAAUAGCUAUAUACCUUUUAAUAUAGCCAAUAACAAUAAUGGUAAUAAAUACGUAAAUAAAAUUGACAAAUCGUAUCAUAUGAACACAAAAAAAAAAGGAGAUACUCGCAUAUCUAAUGUUAGUAAUAAAAAUGAAGCAUAUAUUAAUGAAGGAUGUAAAAUGGAUAAUAUUUAUUUCAAUAAUUUAGAUGAAAAUUUUCCAAAUAUAAUUAGAAAGGAAAAUAAUAAUGUAGUUAGAAGUCAUACAUGUAGCAAAAUAAUGAAUAUUCGACAAAUAACUUCAACAGGAUCUGAAUCUGCUUUUAUAAAUACUCCCACUAACACAAUAUAUACAUACGAAAAAAGAGAUGAUUUUCCUAAUUUUAGCUGUAAUCUACAGAAUAAUGAAAUUCAUGAGAAUAAUAAAAAUAAUAAGAACAUAAAGAAUGAACAAAAUAAAUAUGAAUUACAAAUGGAAAAGUAUUUGAAUACUAACACUAAUGAAUAUAAUACUAAUAAAUAUAUAUUAUCUUAUUCAGUACAAGAUUGUUUAAAUAAAAAUUCUACUUCACAUAAAAAUGACGAAAAAACUGAAAAUAUAAAAACACAUUAUGAUGAUUAUAUAAGAAAUGCAAAUAAAAUAAACAACUGCAAUGUAAAAGAUAUAAAAGGAAAGAAAAAUGAAGCAAAUACUAAUACAGAAUUAUCUACAAUAUUCAAAUUUGCAAAAAACAAAUUAUUGAAGUUGAGCAGUUUAAAAAAAGGUCCAUUAAACCCUAAUUGUAUACAUUUCAAUGUAAAUUCGCAAGUAAUAAAUAAUAAAAACAAUAAUUUUCCAAAAAGCGAUUGUGAUAGUAACAUAAAAAAUACUACAUAUAUUUAUUAUGAUAAAGUAGAAAAAGAAAAUAGUAAAACUUCUAUAGGAAAUCUCGAAAAAAAUAAUUGUAAUCAUAAUAAUUAUAAUGUGGAUAUGUUAAAUAAUGGUCUAGUUGUUAAAUCAAAUAAUUGUUAUAAUGCUAAAUGUAUAAAAAUAAAGGAUGAAUUAAGUACUCUAAAUAAUAUAAAUUCUUCUCAUAAGACAUUAGAAUGUAAUUUAUAUAAUAAUUCUGAAAAAAAACAAUUUAACAAUAGAAACGCUUUUGACGAAAAAGAAUACUUGUUUUAUCCACAAAAAAAUAAAGAGGUUCAUAUUCUCAGCACAAAUACCAAUAAAAUAAUUUGUGAAAAUCAUACAAAAGAUGGUUAUGAGAAAACCAAUUUAAUAAAUCAUAAUGGGGGAAAAAUGCAUAGUUAUUACAAUAGAGAAAAAAAAAAUGUAAGAAUUGCUAUAAAUAAAUAUGGAAAAAAAUUUUUUGUUAAUUCUUCAAUACAUAUCACAAAAUAA